GAGAGAGAGAGAGAGAGAGAGAGGGGAAGAGAAUGACAUGAGAAAAAGGGGAGAAGAAUAAAAGGUGAAUGACUUGUUUCUGCAGCAUUAUUUCAGGGACGUUGCGAGGUUGUGGUUGGAGCGCACAGCCGCCUCCCUCUCCUCUCCCCCUCUGACAGCUCUUCAUCUUCAUCCAGCCUCUACCUGCGCCGAAUAUUUAUUGUCAUUCCGGCCGCCUUUCUCAAGGGCUGCAAUGCUUUCUUUCUGGAGCUCAUCUUUGCGUGACGGAGUUGACGUUACGGAGAAGUCGGUCUCUGCUGUGGGGGUGAGGCCUUGCUUUGCGGAACAAGAUCCGACACGGAACAGAUCAACUUCAGGCCAGAGAAGGGAUGACUUGGCAGUCCGUCCUGCUGGAAUGUGCUUCCCGAUCGAAGGAAUCCUCAUAAGAAGACUUUUUUAAAAAAAUUUCUCAAAGCUUUCUUGACAAUGGCAGUCUAAGCAGGAAACAAAGUUCUCCCGUCGGUAAAAUUUAAGUACAGUGCUUUGGAGACACCUGUCCAAAGGUGACACCUCUGUGUUACUGAAUAGCCGCUAUUGCACCAUGCAGCAGAACUGCUAGGUUCCACGGCAUCUUGGUCACACCAAAAAAGGGAGGAACAGCAAUAACUCUCCUAAGUUAACUUUUGACAGAUGGAGGUAAGCGUGAGUUGAUUUUGACCCAGCUGUAUAAAUGGGUAAAUCGCUGUAAGCAGCUUAACACUGCAAGUCACUUUGGGCAAAAGCAUCAGCUAAAUGAAUAAAUUUGGUGUUAAUAUAAUUUGUAAGAACUUGUGUGGAAAACCUUACAUUUAUCAAUCUGCGGUUUUGACCUGCUCGGGGGCGCGUUGGCCGGGUGCUGUGCCCCUUCAGUGUUUUCUAAGAGCAGAUGGCUGUAAAUGUCCAUUUGACCUUCCCAGCUAAGAACCGUUUCUUAUGUUAAACUACAUGGAAAUGAGUAAAUAGCUAUAAAUGUAGGUUUGGCUUACAUAGUUACAAGUUAAUUUAUAAGAACCUGGGAGGAGAUUUCCUAUGAGACGUGCGUGUUCUCACCAAGAAGGGUUAGCACUUACUUGUUUUGUUAAAACAUCAGGUAAGAAUCUCAGGACCAGGCAGGUACGCUACUAUGUUUGCAGAGAUGUUUGACAAUUGCCAGUAAUGGGAACCAUUUAAAUUAACUGUCAUUUUUUGCGUCUUCCAACAUUACUCAUGCAGGUGAGGGGUGUGCUGAGAUUCGUCAGAAUGAUUUGGUCUCAGGUUGCGGAGAUUCCUCCCGAGCACUUCAUGUCCUGGGCUGACUCUGUGAAGCUCUGCAGUUGGUCCCAUGUAGCAAAAUAUCCUUCUCGAAUGACUAGUCCUUCUCAGUUUUCUAAUUCAAUGCGCAUAUGUAUGAAGCCCUGUAUGUUAUAAAGGAAGCUGGUUUCAGACUUCUGUCUCUAAGUCCAGAAAGGUAACAAUCCUAUGACACUGGAAGGAAAAAGAAAACGAACAAGUGAAAUCUGAAUAAAAGGGACACGGAUUGAAAGCAGCUGUUUUACUUUUUUCCUUGUUUAAGGGUUUAGCUCUGGUGUCCUACUGGCUGAUGGCUGUACCUUGCUACACUGACCGGGGGUGAAGCCGUGUGCAGGAGAUGGAGCUGAAGGUAUGGGUGGACGGAGUGGCACGGGUGGUGUGUGGCCUCUCUGAAGAGACCUCCUGCCAAGAUGUGGUCAUCACCCUUGCCCAGGCCAUUGGUCAGACAGGCCGCUACGUUCUAGUCCAGAAGCUACGGGACAGAGAGCGACAGCUGCUGGCCAACGAGCGACUGCUGGACUCCAUGACAAAGCUGGGCCAGAAUGCCAGUGAGAUCCAGUUCUUCUUGCGGCGCGUCGGUUCUGAGAACCAGGAAGGACCUGUUCUAGACAAAGGACUUGCGUUACCCAAGCAGCCAGAGACAGAAAACACCAAACGCAAAGAGAUAAAAAAAUCUCUCACCUUCAACCUGGGUCCCUCCAGCACGCCCACAAUCAGACCCAAACAAAAGAGCAAAGUACCCCGAGGCUCUGAGGAGCAGCGGAUGCCCCAUCAUCUCCCCACCUGCUCUGUAGACCUUUCCAAAGAAGAGCUUUUCCAGCAGGUGGUGCAACAGCAAGCGAGGUUGCAGACCCUGGAGGCCCAGCUGGAAGCUCUGGAGCAGGAGGUGGAUGUGUGGGAGCAAGUUCCCACUCUAAUCCCAGAGCCGCAGGAGGACAAGCUGGAGGCCAAGCUGGAGGCCAAGCUGAAGAAGAAUCUGCGCACGGAGGAGGACCAGGAGCUCGCCAUGCAGAAGCGCCUUGGUGAACUACAGCAGAUGUUAGAGAGCUACGAACGCAAGCUGCAAGACCUGACCGCUCACUCUGGAGAGCUUGAGAUUCAGCUGGAGAACAUCAGGCGCCAGUCCCAGACCCCUUACUCAGGGCUGGAGGAGUCUCUGGGGACCGUGAAGGACGAGCUGCAGAACCAGCUGCUGCAUGGAGCGGAGCUGGAGGACUCGCUUAUGGAGGUUGAGCAGGCAGCGAAGAGCACAGAGGCUCUGCUCCAGGCCAAGACGGAAGAGAUGGAGGAGCUGAACAAGGAGCUGCGCCAGUGUGAUCUGCAGCAGUUCAUCCAGCAGACAGGCACCCUCCCGGGCCAGUCGCAUACGCAGACACACCCGGUUGAGCAGCCGGAGCAUCCGGAGCAUCCGGAGCAGCCGGAGCAGACGAAACUCACGCAGCUCCUCCCUAGUAGAUGUAAUAACGGCUCUGGAAUGUGUCGUGUGAAUCUGCCCCCACGCUCUGCAGCCAGGCAGCUCCUGGGUAACCCUCGUAACCUCCUGAACCCCAUCAUUUCCAGCCUCAACCCCGAGGGAGUGCUUGACAAAGCAGGGGGCAGGCGGUGUGGAGGAGAGCACCGUUCACCCAGUUCCGCACUCAGCUCUUCACACACCAGGCUGACCUGCGAUGUUUGCUUGAGCCACAUGGAGAGAAACCCGGAGCUCUCACGGGAUUCAAACCCUGACCCCCCUCUUGAUGAACCCUUGAGCAGAUGCUCACACACCAUCUGACCUUUUCUUCCUGUUUGCUUCUUCUGAAAUGCCUCAUCUUUCAUCAUAUUGCAUAAUUCUGUCUGUGUUUUAUACUCUUAGCACUAUACACAUUUUUAAUAUUUGAUUUUGAGUAGCA